CGUCGCAGAAAUAAGAUGAGAGCGACACAAGUAUAUUUUCAGCGCCGCUUCUUGCUGGCGAUCUCGGGCGCGAUUUUAAAUCAAUCUGGCGCUCCGGUUACCAGAGAGAGAAAAGCAGAGCAGUCGGAGCGUUUGAUUUAAGACAUUUGUCGGCAGGGACGUGAAAGACGGUUUACACUCUGAAUACCAUCCGACCCGAUAUUAUCUAUCCCGCAUUGGUGCUGAGCAUGAGACAGACGAUUCACACCCGGCAAAACAGCGCUGCGAAUUCUUUAAAGAGCGACUACUGCCUGAUGGCCAACCGCGGUGCAUUAAUAACUAAAAGACGGUGUCGGAUUUUAGCCUUACAAAAUAACAGGUGCUACUUUUCCUUUCUGAAAUGAAUAUUGAAAACAAAACUGGUCUAGCUUGCACAACUCCGGGUCAAAAUUAGUGCACGUGCGUCCGUUAAACAAAAAUUAAAAAAAAAACCAGCACCCGCUAUUUUUAGAAAAGGAAGCGCAAUAAUUAAUUUUGAGGUAAUGAGGGUUAUUAAUUGUUUUCUAGCAGUGAACACAAUGUCUGUAUUCUUGUUUCAAGAGACCCACUCGUUCUUCUCAUAUCUUCAUCAGCGGCGUCGAGAUUUCACGUUUGACAGAGACAAAUUAAUAAAUCCGCCGCCGGGCGACUAUAUUGAGUUUCGAAACUUGUAGCCGUUUGUGCCGGUGCUGUUGUUUUCAUUUAUAACACGACAGACCGACAUGACGUGCAUACAUCACAUCUUUUUGAAGUGGCAGAGUCAACGCGGAUUUGGACGCGUGCUUCUUUUUUGCCCGAGUGCAUCUCUUCAAGCUUAAGUGCCACUCAUUCAGCGAUCAUCAUCAUGCGGUGAAUGAAAAAUGAGUUAAUCUGCAUCCUAGAAAUUAUUCAUGUGAACAAUUCAAAUUUAUCCACAGAGGCUAAGCAUAGCUGAUUUUUAACUAAAAUAUGAAUUAAGCAUGAACAUUGUAAAUGAUCGCACUUGAGACAAGCGAGUUGUAGGUGUUGACAAUGUAUAAAGGCGCACUUCCUGCGAGGGGAGCAGGAGCAUGUCAUGAUGAAUGUUAAUGGUUGCAAUUGUAUGAUUGUAUACACCCAGAGCAGAGAAGUUAUUAAGCUUCAAGGUUCGAUGUGCAAAAAGUUAUACAAAAAUAAGCAAGGGCUCUCUCUAAAAAUUAAUAAUUUAAACACACGUGUUUCUCUUAGAGAGUGUUGAUGAAUAUUGUGUAGUCCUCAAAUGAAUGUUUUAUCUCGCUGAUGACAGCCAAAAACUGUCAUUCAGGCGUGAAAAGUUUUUCUUGCUUUACCCUUGUCAGCACUAUUUUUAAAUAGACACAUACAACGCAGUUCAUUUAGACUCAUAGAAAAUACUAAUUUGCUUUCAACCCUAUUAUCCACAUCGUUGCAUAAAAAUAAUUUAAUCGAUCCCAUUUGAAACGAGAUGAUGUAAAUUUAUUUAAAUUGAACUUAAUUGAGACUUUUCCAUAGAGACAGGGAUAAAUACUUAAUAAUGCCUUUUUAGUUUAAAUUGAAUCAUGAUUUUUGGGUUAAAGAUAAUUGCACGUUGAAGUGUAAUCAAAGUAACACUGGACUGAGUAAGAAGUAAGUCGACGGAGCGCAGCAUUAAGAUGGGAGGAGGGGCUUAGCGGGAGCGAAAAGAUGAGGGAUGUUCUGUCUCUGGACCACUUUUAGUUCACUUUGUGUUUCUGUCUCAUCGUGACACGCUGCAUUUGUAGUCAACUCUAAAUGCUAUCUGCGAACACAAAUCUUGAAUCUACAGGCUCUCUGGCGGCAUCAAGCGUGGCGCAGAACAAGCAAAGCCACAGAAGUGGCGUGUUGCGAACGCCGAAAUGUGCGAGGUGCCGCAACCACGGGGUAAUCUCAGGCCUCAAAGGACACAAACGACUCUGCAGGUGGAGGGAAUGCAGGUGUGCGAGCUGCCUGCUGGUCGUCGAGCGCCAAAGGGUCAUGGCUGCACAGGUCGCUCUCCGAAGGCAGCAGACGAGCGAGGAAAAUAGCGGGCGGCCCGGAACAAGGUCCGUCGAGGCAUUGUUGGCGCAGAAAAGAAGCUGCCAGGCUCGGCUCAGGACACUACAGAGGUCUUCUACUUUGGCGAGGGACCUGCUAAUUCAGUCUUCAGCCUCCAGUGGAAUUUCACAGCACUCGUCCCUCUUCCCGAUGCAGACGAUGCCAGUGCAAUUUUUGAGCGAUCGAGCACGCAAGAGAAGAGCGUUCGCCGACAGAGAACUGGAGGCAGUUGCGCCGCCAUCGUUCCUGCUGCCACCACCUCAAAUCGGCCCCGAACUGACCACGGCCAGCUUCUUCACGGCCGCCGCCCUCUUCUGGGCUUCCUCGUCCACGGCCCCCGUACACACACAACCGCAACGGCCAACCAAAGAUAACUCGAAACCGAAAUUGUCCUUUUCAGUAGAGUCGAUUAUUGGAGUAAAGUGAACUUUGGGUGGCAUGAUUUGAUUUGUUAAUUAAUUGUUGUAAUGUUGAAAAACCAAACUUGUUCGACUUGGUAGAUUUUUUGAAUGAAAUAAACUGUUUGACUAUCGGUGCUUUUUAAAUUAAGUCAAAUAUUGCAUUGAAAUGAUUUUUUGUUAUUGAAUACGUGGACAUUUGUAAAAAGGUAAGAUUGGAUAAGAAAAAAAAACAAAAGGUACCGGCUCUCCAGCUUGUUGUCUGUCCCCACGUAGGUCAUCAGCAGAGCCUUUACUCCGCUUUUAACCUCUCUAGGGUAACGAGUAUACGAGCCUUUGAGCAUUUACCCUGGUAUGCACCUCCACAGUAGUCGGCCUCGGGGUACCGCCGAGCCUUUCCUGUGAAGUUUUUUGUGCAACCCUCACGAUAUCGGUGUGAGGCGACAGUUUGUUACGGGUAUUCGCGGAGUUCAGGACUUAGGAGAAUAGUGCCAGCCACUCUCCUUAUCCUUAUUCAGCCAACGCUCCCCAGUAACUCCCUGCCGACCAAGAUCAAUUUGUGCUCUCCUGUUUAUUUGUAGCUAUGACAAGAAAGCAGAUGUUUAUAAUUUUAAAAUUUCGUUUAAUGUUCUUUAUUUGGUGACUUCAUGAAAAUAUUUGAAAAUGGUACCAAACGAUAGCCUGAAGUUUUUGUCAUUUUUUAAAAUAAAUAUACCUUUAAA